UGCUGCACUGCGCCGCCUCCAGUUGUGGGAUGUUCUCAUUCUCCUUUGGCUGCACUUCUCCUCCACUCGCACAUUAGGACUCCUGAGGAAUUUUUAUGCUCAUUUUCUUGGAGGAGGGCUGAGAGUGGAAGAGACUCCCCAAUUCUGAUUACUUGACACACACACACACACACACACAUACUUUUCCUGUCUGAAACACACACACACACACAUACGCUGCUCUGGCUCUGGGCUGCACCAAGGUAACGAAGUGGAUCUAGCCUUAACCAUCUGGUCGGAGCUCACAGGAAACCUGCUCAGAGGAGGUGGUGGGGAGGGAGGCGAAGGACGAUGCAACACUAAAACACAGAACAGCAGAGAGCGAUCCAGAGACGGGCAGUAAUCCGGACAGGAUGGCCACAGCAGUGUUCCAGGUGUCUUCUUCUUGUGUUCCAGCAACAAACUACGAGCUGGCCCCAAGCAGCAACCUUGCUCUCAAGCAUGUAGACACCAUGGGUUCAACAAAGUCUUCUAAGAGCAUGGAGUCCCGGAGAAGACCAUCAAGAAGUCCGAGUCUCCUGCAGGCGCUGGACGAGGGCUACGAGCUGGACUUGAUCUACAUCACAGAGAGAAUCAUCUCUGUGUCCUUCCCCAGCAGCGUGGAGGAGCAGAGCUAUGCUGCCAACCUGAGGGAAGUGGCCUCCAUGCUGCGCUCCAAACACGGACACAACUACCUGCUCCUCAACCUCAGUGAGAAGCGUUAUGACAUCAGUCAGAUGAAUCCAAAGGUGUUGGACUUUGGGUGGCCCGACCACCACGCUCCGGCGCUGGAUAAAAUCUGCAGCAUCUGCAAGGCCAUGGACACAUGGCUGAGUGCAGACAGCCACAACGUGGUGGUGAUACAUAACAAGGGCAAUCGGGGCAGAACCGGUGUGGUGGUGGCUGCCUACAUGCACUACAGCAACAUAUCUGCCAGCGCUGACCAAGCUCUGGACAGGUUCGCCAUGAAGCGCUUCUAUGAAGACAAAGUGCUUCCUGUGGGCCAGCCGUCUCAGAAAAGGUAUGUGGCGUACUUCAGCGGCUUACUCUCUGGCCAAAUCAAGAUCAACAACAAACCGCUGUUCCUGCAUCACGUCAUCAUGCACGGCAUCCCUGACUUCGAGUCCAAGGGAGGUUGUCGUCCCUUCCUCAAAAUCUACCAGGCCAUGCAGCCUGUCUACACAUCUGGGAUCUAUAAUGUUCAAGGCGACAGCCAAACAAGCAUCUGCAUCACCAUCGAACCUGGUCUUCUUCUGAAAGGGGACAUCCUGCUGAAGUGCUACCACAAACGCUACCACAGCCCCUGCAGAGACGUGAUAUUCCGGGUGCAGUUUCACACCUGCGCCAUUCAUGACCUGGGAAUUGUGUUUGGGAAGGACGAGCUGGAUGAGACUUUUAAAGAUGACAGGUUUCCAGAAUAUGGAAAAGUUGAGUUUAUUUUCUCAUUCGGACCAGAGAAAAUCCAUGGUCAAGGUAUGGACCACCUGGAAAACGGGCCAACCGUUUCAGUUGACUACAACACCCAGGAUCCUCUGAUUCGCUGGGAUUCCUAUGAAAACUUCAAUCAGCACUGCGAGGACACCACAGAUGACGUCAUCCACACCCAAGGACCCCUGGACGGGAGUCUCUAUGCCAAAGUUCGUAAAAAGGAGUCUGCUGAAGGAACGGUCACGUCGAAUGGCCUUCCACCCACGGCUGUUGAACACGCUCUACCUGCCGGUGACCACGCCCUGUCAGUGAGCAGUGAUUCAGGAAACUCCACCGCCUCCAUCAAAACGGAUCGAACGGAUGAAGCCGCAUCAGCCCCUCAGGCUUCCACUGUGAGUCAGACACAAACCACUGUGGGUGAAGAGUUACCUUUAGUCCAUCAAGCUCCACCGGCCCAACAACCAAUAAGUCCCAAGGAGAAAAAGGAGCUAGAGCAACUACUGAGUGGAUUGGAGGGGCCCUUGCACAGACAGGCCUACCUGUCUACCCCAGCAUCUGCUGCUGGUGCAGGAAUGCUUCACCUGGUGCCCGCCCAGGUCCAUGUUAAUGGGCACAGUGGCAUUGAUCGUGAAACGGACAUCCUAGAUGAUGAACUGCCCACCAGUCAAGAGGGCAACAGUGUGGACAGUCUGGGGACAUUUUCUUCCACAGAUGGACGAGCUACACCAGCUGAUCUUUACUACCAGUCUGAAUCACCUAUUAACGGCCAGGGACCGGUUCCGUAUCUGGAGCGCAACAUCCCAGAGAAACCUCUGGAAACCGUCCAGCCACAUGUCAGCAGAUCUGAUAAACCUACUGUUCUAAUCCCAAGUGAUUCGGAUAAUUACAUGGCUCCCCAGAACGGUAGCCUGUUUCGCUCUCGUUCCUUUGGUGCCGACCCAAAGUCCAUGCCAGAGGCUCCCGCCCGCACCACCAGCAGCAGGGAUGCUGUCCAACGUGGUCUCAAUGUCUGGCAGCAAUUUGGAGUUCCAGAGGAGCCGGUAACUGAAGGCGUCACUUUUAGCCCACCUCCAUCUGUAUCGAUGUCCACUCACCACAGCCUGCCACAGUUCCCGCACCGCCACAGUGCUUCUCAGGAAGAGAUCGAGCAAUCUAUUGAAACCCUCAACCUACUCAUGAUAAACCUGCAACCUGGCCGUUCAGUCGUGUCAAAAUCCCAAAGCGCCCCACUGAGGGAAACCGUAGUGACCACGCAGCCGUCCUUCUCCCAGAGCCAGACCAGACUGUCCCACCAGACGGAUGCUGCUCUUCAUGUUCCUGCUCCUGUGUCCAGCUUGGCUAGCCAUUUGUCAACAGCUCACACGUCAUCUGGGAAGCCAGGUUCACCAGAGCCCACACCUUUCCACGGAUCUCCAAAUUACUCCACUGCAACCAGCAGCUCAUCACAAGUCCUUCCCUCUUCAAGCACCCACCUUCAGCUCAAACCCAUCAGCACAUUCCCAACAAGUAUCCAGACCCAGCUGUCAGAUGUUUCCCAGUCCCAAAGAACCCCAAGUGCUGCCUCAUCUCAGCCCAGAGACGGCGAGCCAGAUGACAUUUUUAAUGUGGAAGGUCUGGUGGCCCAGAGAGUGGCAGAGUACUCGGCUAGAGUCCAAACCAUCAACCCCAGCAUGACUUCUUCUCAGUCUGAGCACCGCCGCUCUCACUCCCUCUCGGGGGUCCAGGCCCGUUCAGUACCUUUGGAUGAAACAACAAUCCUUCCCCGACGUCGCAUCACCAGUGAGGGACACUCCGACGAUGCUCUGUCCCCAGAUAUCCUGGUUCGCUCUCCCAUCCGGUGCGUUUCUCCAGAGUUUGUCAAUGCCAUAGCGAUGAACCCUGGAGGACGACCCAAGGAGAGAAACAUGCACAGCUACCGGGAGGCCUUCGAGGAGAUGGAGGGAGGCCCUAUCAGUCCUACACCCACAGCUGGUGGUGAGGCGUUACCCCAAACCCCCACCUUCCCUGUCUCACCGCAAACCCCUUACUUCAAUCUGUGUCGGUCUCCUCCUGGUCUUGCCAAGACUCCCCUGUCAGCCCUGGGCUUGAAGCCUCACAACCCGGCAGAAAUCCUCCUCAACCAAACAGGCUCAGGCCCAAGAAGCUAUGUUGAGUCUGUGGCGAGGUCAGCAGUGGUAGACGGAGAGUCGCCAACAUCCCCACGGAGCCUUAGUCCCCCGGGAGACACCAAGAGUCAGCAGAGAAGUCCAAGCCCAACCACCCAUUCACUGAACCUGCCUUUAUCCAGCAGCAGUCCCAUCCAGAACUCACAGGGUGAUCAUCUCCAAUCAGAAAGCAGCAUUAGCACUCCCUCCCAACCUACUGUUGAUUCUGGGUUCCAGUCGCACCCUACAGAGAGGUCAUUCCCUACUCAUACUCCAUCAAAUCAAGACCUAAAUCCAUCCACUUCUCCCUACCUGGACUCCAGCUCUCCAACUUCUUCCUAUCUUGGAUAUACAACCCCAACACUCUCCUAUCUUGGUCCUAGCAGCCUACUGGGAAGCUAUCCAGGCUCUGAUCCCAGCCCGCCUCUUCCAGAACCUUCCAAGAUUGUACUUAGCCAUGAAAGUCUCCGGCUACAUCCCAACAUCCACAGCUCCAACUACAAUCCGGUCCUCCUGCAGCACUUUAAUAUUAAACCAGACGGAUCCAUCCAACCAGGUCAGAAAUCCCCACCUAAUGGCUUUGAAGUAGUGAUGACAGGUCCUGGUGGCAGUCCGAUCCUUGGUCAUCAUCGGUCUCAGGGAGCACAGAGCAGUCCAGUUCUCAGCAGACAGGCCUCUUUAGGACAGGUAUCACAGCACAGCCCGGUCCUCAGCAGGCAGCCGUCUUUGGGUCAACCCAUCCAGAGCAGCCCUGUGCUUAGCCGACAGUCAUCUAUUACACACCCUCAAGGAAGCCCAGUGUUGGGCUAUCACCAAUCUGCUACACAGAUGUCCCAGAGAAGCCCCAGUUUAGACCGUCAUCCCAUGCACAGCGGGUACACUACACCAGAUGAAAGACACGGGAACCUGUCAAGACAGAGUAGCUCUUCGGGGUACCAGGGACCACCCACUCCCUCCUUCCCCAUUUCAUCUGCAGGCUACCCAGAUGGAGGGAUAGGCAUAAGUUUCAGGCAGGGUAGCCCAGCCCCUGGUUUCCAGCCCCAGCUCCCAGAGAAGAGACGCAUGUCGAGUGGUGAUAGACCGAAUGGAUCCCUGUCCUAUGGGACGCUGAAUGGAAAGAUUAUGUCCCCAGCGAGUGGAGGAAGUACUUCUGGCUACUUCCACACCCUCUCAGACUUCUCACGUUUCAAUAUGCAUGAUGGAAACCCGGAGAGCAACCUGAAUGUUAAAUUUGUUCAGGACACAACCAAGUUCUGGUACAAGCCUGACAUCUCCAGGGAGCAAGCCAUCAACCUGCUAAAGGACAGAGAGCCGGGAGCCUUCGUGAUCAGAGACAGUCACUCAUUCAGAGGGGCGUACGGCCUCGCGAUGAAGGUGGCGUCUCCUCCACCCUCUGUGCAUCAGAGCAAGAAAGGCGACAACACCAACGAGCUGGUGAGGCACUUCCUGAUUGAGAGCAGUCCUAAAGGAGUGAAGCUGAAAGGCUGCCCCAACGAGCCUUACUUUGGAUGUCUCUCUGCUUUGGUCUAUCAACAUGCCAUCACACCUCUGGCGCUCCCCUGCAAGCUCCUCAUCCCUACCACAGAUCUCAUGGAAGAAACUCCAGAGGUCACAGCAACAAACCCCCUGGCUGAAAGGCUGAAGCAAGGAGCAGUGCAGAGGGCCCCAGCUGAUUCCCGUGCAUGCAACGUUCUCUACAUAAACUCAGUGGAGAUGGAGUCCCUGACGGGUCCUCAAGCUGUUGCCAAGGCCAUUUCUGAGACACUUGCUGCUGCUCCCCCCCCCACUGCCACCGUCGUGCACUUCAAGGUGUCCUCGCAGGGCAUCACGCUCACAGACAGCCAGAGGAAGCUUUUCUUCCGACGCCACUAUCCUGCUAACACUGUGACGUUCUGCAACACAGACCCUCAGGACAGGAAAUGGAGCAAACCUGAGGGAGGCCCAGCCAAGCUCUUUGGAUUUGUGGCGCGGAAGCAGGGAAGCACAACAGACAAUGUCAGCCACAUCUUUGCUGAGCUGGACCCAGACCAGCCCGCCAGCGCCAUUGUCAACUUCGUGUCAAAGAUAAUCGCCUCGCAGACCCGAUGAGUGGGCCAAAGCCCUGGCCCUUUUCUUUGAAAGCCUUUGGUUAUUUUUCUGUCUGGACUCUUCUUCUUCUACGCUUUCGGCCUUUUUUCUUGCUCUGUCACCUUUAAGAUGUGUGGUUAUUCUUGGAUGGGCUUCAGAACAGAGGGGAGGAAGUGAUGGAUGGGGGUGUCUGCGUAUGAUGGUGGGAUGAUGGGGGGUAAAUCAAGCCUCCAGGGAAGGGUAGCUCAAGAACAGAAAAGGGCAAUGACUGUGUUGCAAAUAUUCAUGUUUUUGCAGUUUUUUAAGUAUUUUUUUCUAAAGAGGACGUAAAGUUGUGUGAAGGUUGACCGUAAAUCUUUUCAGGCUUUUGAUUGCUCAACCAAAGAUUUGACAAGGAAGUCAGGGCGUGUACAGCACACCACUGAGGGGGGGUCACAAGUAUUAUUUUGUAAAACUAAAAUAUGGCUGCUUAAUCCAAAAAUAGUUUAUUUCUGUAUGUAUGGAUACUGUAGGUCAAUUCUGCACCAUUGCUGUCUUACAAAAACACUGUUGGACAUUUUGCAGCAGGUGGGGUCUGUAAAUAUUCUGAAUGGCUUUCUUUGGAGUAGGACUUUAUUGGACAACAUUUAGUGCCUGACUUUAUUUUCUGAAUGCAGAGCUUUGAAAAAAUAUCCACGCUGUCUUAAAUAUACAAACAACCAGACCUGGAAAUAAGCUUGGUGCAGGCCUGAAGCUAAACUGAUACAGCUAGUCUGAAUCCACGGCUUCGACCAUCACUGUGAACACAGAGGAGUCUGCAUCCAUGUCCGCCACCACCGCUGCACGGCAGCAUGCAGCAGUUUCAUUCACUCAUGACUGAAAGGCCCGAGUUGUUUUAUGAAGACGAACUUUCAAAGUUAGUCUUUCUUUAAGAUUCUGGGAUUUUGUCUGGGGAAACAAACCGAGUCAGAACGCUAACACUCACCCUACCCUAAAGUAAGCUAUACUUAUAAAUAUAUAUGAGUUCUAUAUAUAAACUUCCAGUGAUUUGGGAUAUUUAUUUGUUGCUUCAUUUUAACUUGUAUACCUGUAUUAUAAAGUAUACAUCCAGAUUACUAGAAGCGUUUAUUUUGGCUGAAGUUGUAAAGCGAAUGCAUCUAAAAGUGCAUCACUGUUGUUUUGAAUGUUUCUUUUUAACACUCUUGUUUUAUUGGGGAGCCUUUUUGUUUUGACAGGAAAUAUUUUGUAUCAAAGAUUAUUACUUAAGUCCAAAUUGGAGUUGAUCUGAAGUGAAGCCAGAAACAAAAGAUUUCACAUUGAACCUGCCUAGGAAAUACAUUGUCCACAGUUAGCACUUAAAGUAUUAUCAGCAUGUCUCUGUUGAACAAAUGUGGACAGCACCACCUUGGGUUUGAUGUAGAGGUCCGGUCAAAUAGUGUUUUCAUUCUGAGAUCCCUCAGAGUCCGUAUAAUCUCUUACAAACCAACUAAAGUAGCAGCCAUGAUGAAAAGCAGCAGCAAUGUUUGCAGCUACUUCAGCAUCCAAAUAAACGUCCUACUUGAUAUUUAUAUGAUACCGUACACUCAGUGAUCAAAACGGAUCAGCACCCAGUUAACCAUCUACAGAAAUGGUCUGAUUUAGAUGUUAUUUAGUUCAUAAUAGUUCAAAUAAAUGAAUGAGCCGGAAUGCUCAGAACCGGUUCUAGAUGGCACAACUGGUGUAGUCACAUGUGCAUCAAUGUCUUACAGUUACUGUUGUCUGUCAGAUGCUCCGGUAUAUUAACGUUAGUACUGGUGUGCCUCCCCUCUCAGAUGUCUUCUAUCCUUCUCUUUGAAGAAGAUCUGGAGUCUGACAACACUAAAUUGCCAACAGGCCAGCAGCAAACAUCCUCAACCGACCUCCAUCACAGAGCAACUCCCUGAGCAGCAUGUGACAACGGACCAAAGAGCAUGUGGCCAGUUGGUCAUGCUUCUAGAGCAGCGCAUGUGGGACUUACAGAUGUUAUAGCAGCCUAAUUUUGUAACCGGUGGACACCCAUAAGUCAUAAAGUCCAAUAACCCAAGGCAGACCACACAGAAGGAGGAUUGUUGUCCUCAGGUGCACUGUGCAAGAACCCAGCCUCAUGCAAGUCCAAAAUAUCAACCCGAAUCAGUGCCUCCAGCAUUAGCAUUUGCUAACCAUCAUAAUCUGAACGACAGAGGAAAGAUUUUAGGAUGAGAAACUAUUCAACCGGGCUCUUCCUCUGCAGGUGCAACAUUGAAAACCCAAUCUUCCAUGUCAGGUUAAAUGAGACGAUAGUACCCUCAUGUGGUGGAAAAUAAUAACUACAUGGGUCCCACUCAGAUUCCAAUGCAGUGUUUUAACUGUGUUAGAUGCUAAAAAGAAGAGUUAUGAUGAACAACUGACUAAGAAAAAGACAAACGAUGAGCCCCACAUAAAGGAAUGAAAUUAUUGCCUUUUCCUUCUUAAGAAUAGUUUGGCAGCAUGGCGGAUUUAAAAUAUUUGGGCCUUUAAAAAAACCACAGCACUUACAGGGUUUUUGUAUCUUCCUAGAAUGUAUUUAUUAGCUGGGGCUUGUAACCUAAAUGCUGCUGACUAAUCUGUACACAGCAUCACGUUUUAUGCAAAGCAGGCCCAUAGGUAGUUUCUAAAUGCUCGACUCGGCUUAUUAAACAAAAAAAUACAACUUAAAACGUCAGUUUUUUGCUUCCAAAACAAUGACUGAAGUAAAAGGACUUAGGGCUGAAACUCCAGAUCCGCCUGGACUGUAGAAUCUGUAUGAAUGAGCUACGAUUCCUGUAAAGAGCUUUGUUGUUCUUGGUUUGCUACAUUGUAUGUAUUUUAUCAUUUCUGAUGGAUAAAAAUAUUAAAAAGCAGUACAAAUAAAA